CGACUUACUCAACCCUCAUCUCCAAUAACAUACAAAAAGUAAAGAAAAAGAAGCUUAAUUAGAAUUUUCAAAACAUGGCUUCAAAGAACAUCACCAUAGCUCUCUUCCUCACCAUCAACCUCGUCUUCUUCGGCUUUACCAUGGCCCAAGCUCCUGGACCUCAAGCUCCGAUAUGUCCCAGAAGCUCAACCCAGGUCCAAGCUUGUGUCAACAGGCUUACCUCUAUCGUGGGCCUCAACGUUCUACCGCUGACGCAAUGCUGUUCUCUAGUUGCUGGGCUUGCCCCCUCUGUGGCCUCUGUCUGCAUCUGCAAUGCCUUAAAACUGUCAGUUCUCAAUAUAUUGGAGAUCAGUGUAAGACUUGGUGAGGUUCUUAGGCCCUGCGGUGUUUCUCCCCCAGCUGAUUUCGUAUGCGCCUAAUUCUCUCUUAUAAGACACCAGUUCCCUAUUAUCGGAUAAUAAUGGUGCAAAUAUGCUUCUCUAAUAAUUAUAUGCGUGUUAGCAAUAUCUAUAUGUGGUUGAAAAUAAAGUGAAACAUUUGUACUGUUUUUACAUGUUUCGUUGUUAACUAUGUUCUUCAAUUUAGAUUUUCCGGCCGUAGGUUGUAUCUCUUGGUUCUGAUUAAAAAAAAAAAGUAAUAUACAAAUACUUUAUC